AUAGUCCAAUCUAUAUAUAAACUCAAUUUGCAGAUUUAGUUGUCACUGCAAAAUAAUUCUUCCUUUAUGGAAACCAUUUGUCACCCUUUUCACUUUCUUCUGGUUUUGUGUUUUUUGUUCUCUUCACAUAUAAAGAUCUGUUUGGGCGAUGAAGUUCAAUGCAUCGACAAAGAGAGAGAAGCUCUUGUUGUGUUCAAACAAGGCCUUACUGAUCCUUUUGGUAGACUUUCCUCUUGGGAGGGAAAAGAUUGCUGCAAAUGGAAUGGAAUCAAAUGCAAUAAUCAAACUGGUCAUGUCAUCAAUCUCGACCUUCGAAAUCCUUAUACGUUAAUCAAUGGAGGAGUUGGUGACCAAGAAAUUUAUGAGAAGUCUUGUUUGGGUGGUAAGAUUAGUUCUUCUGUACUCGAGUUACAAUACUUAAGGUAUUUAGAUAUAAGCUUUAAUAAUUUCAAAGGUGCUCAAAUUCCUGAAUUCUUGGGAGAAUUAGAAAAUUUGAGAUACCUUAACCUCUCUUUCUCAUCAUUUUCUGGACUCAUUCCAUCUCAACUUGGAAAUUUGUGGCGAUUGCAAUAUCUUGACCUUAAUGCAAGAUCGUAUAGCAUUUCAGGCGCGUUGGAGCUACGCGCUGACAGUCUGCACUGGCUUUCAGAUCUGUCUUCUUUGAAGUACCUUAAUAUGGGCUAUGUUAAGCUCAAAGAUGUAGGGCCUGAUUGGCUUCAAGCUAUUAAUAUGCUUCCUUCUUUGUUAGAGUUAAACUUGCAUUACUGUGAACUUGAUAAUAUUCCACUUUCACUUUCUUCCAUCAACUUCACUUCUCUUUCUGUUCUUGAUUUAUCAGACAACUCUUUCAAUUCUGCAAUUCCUCAAUGGUUAUUCAAUCUUACUAGCCUUACAAGACUUUAUCUUGUAUGGAACUUUUUCACUGGUCCAAUUCCUGGUGAAUUUGCUAGACUAAAAUCUUUGGAAGUUCUUGAUUUAUCCAAUAAUUUGAACUUUGGAGGUCAUAUCCCUAGUUUUCUUGGUAAUCUAAGUAAGUUGAAGGUCUUAGAUCUUUCUGCUAAUGGUUUAACUGGUGAAGUUCAUGAGUUUUUAGGUGGUUUUGCGGAUAAUCAAAACAACAGCUUAGUGUCAUUAAAUUUGAACUCUAAUUCAUUAACAGGAGAAAUGCCUGAAUCAUUAGGUGUGCUUAAAAAUUUGCAGCAUCUUCACCUUUCAGGAAACUCUUUUUGGGGUUCCAUUCCAGAAUCUAUAGGAAGAUUGUCAUCUUUAAAGGAAUUGGACCUUUCUUAUAACAAUAUGAAUGGGACAAUUCCUAACAGUUUUGGUCAACUCUCAAAGUUAGUGAAUGUAGACCUCAUUUCAAAUUCCUGGGAAGGCAUUUUGACAGAAACCCACUUGAUAAAUCUCAGAAGUUUAGAAAAUAUCCGUCUCACGACCCUCCCUACUAGGUCUUUGAUCUUCAAUGUGUCUCAUAAGUGGAUUCCUCAUUUCAGGCUCAAAUCCAUCCAAAUAGAAAAUUGUGUAAUAGGUCCUUUCUUUCCUAUGUGGCUUCAAGUUCAAAAUGAACUCACCUCUGUCAUUCUAAGAAAUGUUGGAAUCUCAGAUACUAUACCAGCAGAAUGGUUUUCGGAACGAUCUUCUGAAAUCACUUACUUGGUUCUGUCAAAUAAUCAAAUCAAAGGAAAACUGCCAAAUCAAAUGAAAUCUCCAAAUUUAAAGUAUAUUGAUCUGAGUUCUAAUCAUUUCGAGGGUCCUCUUCCAUUUUGGUCUACAAAUGCAUCAACUAUUUACCUUCAGGACAACUUGUUUUCAGGUUCUAUACCUGAAAACAUCGGUAGCCUAAUGCCAAGGCUCGAAAAGUUAUAUCUUUCUUCAAACCAUCUUUCUGGUACAAUUCCAUCAUCAUUUUGUGUUAUGAAUGGCUUGCAAAUUCUUUCCCUUAGAAGCAACAAGCUUUCUGGACAGAUUCCCAACUGUUGGUCUCAUCAGCUAAUGUUCUGGGCUAUUGAUGUGUCAAACAAUAAUUUAACAGGCAAAAUCCCAAGUUCAUUUGGUUCCUUAUCCUCCCUCAGUGUCUUAUUGUUGAGUAACAAUAAUCUUGAUGGAGAGAUUCCUUCAUCAUUGCAAAAUUGCUCGGGAUUAACGAGUGUUGAUCUUCGAAGAAAUAACCUGUCAGGAAAUUUACCUUCUUGGAUAGGAGAAAGGUUUGCUUCCUUAUUCAUGUUACAACUUCAUUCAAACUCAUUUACUGGAGAAAUCCCCAAAGAAGUAUGUAAUCCCAACAAUCUUCACAUUUUAGACCUUUCAGACAACAAAUUUUCAGGUGCUGUUCCAAAAUGUAUUGGAAACCUGACAGGAAUGGUCAGUGGUAAGUACAAUGAGGUUUUUCUACAACUACUAAUGGUUGCAUUGAAAGGAAGAACACUUGAAUAUAACAACAUUUUUGCAGCAGUUAAUGGAAUUGACCUUUCUAGAAAUAAUCUAACUGGAGAAAUUCCUGAUGAGGUAAUAAACCUUCAUGGGUUGCGAUUCUUGAACCUGUCAAGAAAUCAGAUAAGUGGAAAGAUUAAUGAGAAAAUUGGAGAACUUACAGACUUGGAAUCACUUGAUCUGUCAUAUAACCAUCUUUCUGGGCCGAUCCCUCAAAGCUUGGCUACUUUGAAUUCAUUGGUGCGGUUAAAUUUAUCCUACAACAAUUUGGAAGGAAAAAUUCCUGAAGGGCUCAAAAAGUUCAAUGAUCCAUCAGUUUUUGUUGGUAAUCCUUCAUUGUGUGGAACCCCUCUUCCUAAAAAAUGUCCAGGAGGCCAUAGAUUCUCAUAGACCAAGAGAGGAAAAUGAUUAUGAAAUGGCUAUCUUUCUUUAUUAUCAUAUCUUUUUUUUUUUUUUUUUUUUUUCUU